AGAUAAGUCCAGCCCACAAGCCUUCGAAGCAAAACGCUGCCAGUGGAGCACUUCAUUCAGCUGAGUUAUUCUGCUCUUUAAGCUGGAAGACCAGAGGCUGAGAAUCAUGACGAGCAGAUUUUUCACUUGCGUGCUGGCUUUACUGCGUUUCUGCCUUUCUUCUGGCUCCUAUGCACCACAGACGUUGCCUGAUAUUGGAGAUGCUGAGUUUAUUGAGGAAUGUGUGAGAGAGCAUAACAGAUUCCGGUCUGAAGUGAGCCCACAAGCCAGCAACAUGCUCUACAUGAGUUGGGAUCCAGAUUUGGCAAAGACUGCGAAAGCCUGGGCGAAGAGAUGCCAGUUUAUGCAUAACACACACCUCAAAGAGCCAGGGCAGACUCACCCUAGGUUUACCUCUGUUGGAGAAAACAUCUGGACUGGCUCGCUCUCGAUAUUUUCCGUGCAAGGAGCCAUCAACUCCUGGUACAAAGAGGUCAACUACUACAGUUAUACCGACAAUAGUUGUAGAAGAGUGUGUGGCCAUUACACACAGGUAGGCACUGAACUUCUCCACCUGAACCAAGAACUAGCCUUGCCAUUUGGACACAGGAAUUCUAGAUUUCUGUCCAAGAUUCAACGAACCAAGUGCUAUCGUUUGGGCUCAAAGCUACAAGGUUGGCUGUGCUGUCCACUUCUGUCCCAUGGUGCAGUACUUCUCGGGAACCAAUGCAGCACACUUCAUCUGCAACUACGGGCCGGCAGGGAAUUACGCCAGGCACCCCUACGAGACGGGAGCAGCGUGCAGCAAAUGCAAGGGCGAUCAGUGUGCCAACAGGCUGUGUCGAAACACAGAGCGUGACAAAGUCAUUACUGAUUCCAAGUGGUAUCCAGCCUGGGACAGACCUGCCUGUGAUGAGUACUGCAUUUCUGUCAUCGUUUUAAGGCUGCUCCUCCUUAUUCUGACAAUCCCAGCUGCCUGGAUCCUGCCCAAGUACUGGUCCAUAGCACCUGCCAGUGAG